GAGUGAUUCAUCUGUGUUGAUGCGGGACCAGCCUUCAGUCCGUUAGUUUGUCUUUGUGUCUGUCCGCUGUUAUUGGAUCGUAAAGCUCCUGUCGGUUCCUGAACGCAACUCGGGUGGGAGUGACAUUGAACACAGCUCGAAGAGAAGAGGAGCGUGAGGAGCGUUAGAGCCACGCACUGAGAUGUCCGUGACUCCGACCGCAUCUGCGUCCCCGCAACACGCAAAAAUGAAAAAGGACGAGUCGUUCCUGGGGAGGUUAGGAGGAACCCUGGUCCGGAAGAAGAAGUCCAAGGAAGUGAAUGAUCUUCACGAGGAGGGGAAAAAUGCCAUCAACGCUCCCAUGCUCCCCCCCGGGAUGGACAUCCACCGAGAGGACACACAGCUGGAGGAAAAUGCUGAGAGGGUCAUGUUGGACCCAACGUCGCGGGAAAAUCUCAAAUUUAAAGACCUGCUAAAGGUCCUGAUCGACUGGAUCAACACUGAGCUGGAGGAGGACAGAAUCAUCGUCAAAGACCUGGAGGAGGACUGUUACGAUGGGCAGGUGCUCCAGAAGCUAUUUGAGAAGCUGUCGGGCAGGAAGCUGAACGUGGCCGAGGUCACCCAGUCGGAGAUCGGCCAGAAGCAGAAGCUGCAGACGGUCCUGGAGGCCGUCAACGAGCUGCUGAGGCCCCACGGCUGGAGCAUCGAGUGGAGCGUGGACGCCAUCCAUUCCAAGAACCUGGUGGCCAUUGUCUACCUGCUGGCGGCUCUCGCUAUGCACUUCCAGGCUCCUGUCAGGCUGCCUGAGCACGUGUCGGUGCAGGUGGUGGUGGUGAAGAAACGCGACGGCAUCCUGCAGACGGCUGUCGUUGCCAAGCAGCUGACCAGCACCACAGAAAUGAUGAUGGGGAGAUUUGAACGAGAUGCAUUUGACACGCUGCUGGAUCACGCACCCGACAAGCUCAAUGUGGUAAAAACGUCGCUCAUCACCUUUGUGAACAAACACCUGAACAAGUUGAACCUUGAGGUCACGGAGCUGGAGUCUCAGUUCGCUGAUGGAGUUUAUCUGAUCCUACUGAUGGGGCUGCUGGAGGACUACUUCGUCCCACUGCACAACUUCUUCCUCACGCCUGAGAGCUUUGAACAGAAGGUUCACAACGUGUCAUUUGCCUUCGAGCUGAUGCAGGACGGGGGACUGAAGAAACCCAAAGCCCGACCGGAAGAUGUUGUCAACUUGAACCUGAAGUCCACCCUCAGAGUCCUCUACAACCUGUUCACCAACUACAAAAACUCUGACUGAACUUUCACUAUUACAACUCAUAAUUCUGCCCUGUGCCUGUGCUCAUAUUAUACAUUACAGUCUGGACACUGGAGGAGACCAACUGGGAACGAGAGUCAUUAUGUGGGACUUAAAAAGACCCAGAGGGAGUUGCCUGAAAAAGGCUCUGAAUGCUCGCAUUUAAUCUCCCCCAAAUGUCAGUAUUUAUUUAUUCCUCCCUCAAAUGUUAACUGGAACCCAGGAAUCUUUAUAAUCUUCAUCCCUGCAUUUGAAUACACAGACAUCAUGGGAAAAGAUAUGAGCGCCGAAUGUUAAAACCGGAACUCAUUAGCGUGUAGGACUCAAUUAUGAUCUGCCGCAGAUUAUUUAAAGAGGCUGCAAUGCUGUUCAUGCUGUAAUAUAAUUUAAUGCUUUGUUUAAAUAUUGAAUCAAUAAUUUGAAGUGACGUUUUGGGAAACGAGCUUAUUUGCUUUGUCACAGAAUUAGAUGAGAGGAUUGCUGCUACUGCUGUAGCUGUAGGACUUAACGGGGGCAUCCAGGAGCCCGUUAUGUUCAAUUAAUAACUAGGCCAUGUUAGCAUCUGCUCAUGGUCACCCGUAUGUGGACAGUAUAUAAAUGUAAUGAACAAAACGUAUUAAGCUUGUUAAAAUUAAUGCAUUUUGUUUAGAAAAUAAUUAUAAUAAUAAAAAAGUUCAGUAUUUUGGUGUUAGCUACACAGCUAGCUUCUAAGCUAGCACAGAAAAACCGGACCCGUUAGCUCAGCAAUUAAUACGAUCACCUCUUUACUUUAUCUGUGCAAAAGCAAAUAACUGUUUUUCCCAAAAAACACUUCCUUUUAGGUUACAAUGUGCCUGAAAACGCUUUUUACUCCUAUUACAACUAUGUACUGUAUGAGUACAUUUCUGAUAAUGAACUGUUCUCGUUUGCUCUCAAUGCCGCGUACUUGACUCAAACAAGCGGGAGUGAAGCCUCUUGAGCAAUUCCGUGUGCCUUUAGGACAAGACGUGGAUGACUGAGCAUCUCAACAGACGCCAGGUCUUUAGCCUUCUCUAAAAGCUGCUGUUGGCUCCUGCUCUUAGUGCAGCGUGUUCCACCGUCCUGCGGGACCCACAGUCAGAGCGUCUUCUUAUUGACCGGCCUCUCAGACGAGCCCCCGGAGGCCCCGGCCCGUCACCGCUGGCCUGGCGCUACUACCUGGAGACCCGCUAAGACGUACAGUGCCUGCGUCUCGGCGCCAAGCUGAAUUAUUGAGGCAGCGGAUGAGUCAGUGUAGGCUGCACUAGCGCUAGGCGGCUCACCCCUGUCCAAGUUUCAUCUUGCCUAUCAAGAAAUAAAUGCCUGGAAUCAAAA